UAGGGUUAGCUUAUUUGUAAAAUUAAAGAAAAAAGCUGAAAACGUAUACAACUGUUUCUCACAAGGUUUUGUUUGUUACUUUCUUGUUUCUGCACUAUAAUCCCUAACAAGCUUUUAAUCUGCUUUCAAGGAUAAAUUAUAUUCAAACCCACGUAUGUUCAUCUUUCAAAAUUCAAGUAAACGAGAACCAAGAUGGCUCGUAUUCUGAAAGCAUAACGUGGCUGUUUGUCAAUUCAAAAUUAUCCAUUGUAGAGGGAUUACUUGUAAGUUGUAUAGGCUUUUUGAUUUCAUCGUUUCGGAUUGGAUAGGUUUGACGGUUUCGUCUGCGACGUUUUUGACGAAAGUGUUUUGUGAGACUUAAAAGAAAGAAGUGAAAGCGGGCACAUGCUUAAUUCUGUUUGGAAUUUGUGCCGCGCUUGCCCCAUGCCUACAGACGAAAAGCUACAUACAGAAUAUAAACAAAGCUUUACGUGGCAUCAGGACUUCCAACCCACCUCCCAUGAGGUUGUUAAGAAACCUCCAGAGAGUGAUUCAACUAUGGAGCCUGCCAUGCCUCGUCGAAAGAAAUAUCCUGAGGUAGCUUAUAAGACUCAUGAAGUUUUUCCAUGCGAUUACAAUGCUGAUGACUCUGGUAAUGUGCUUAACAGUACGGGGGGUAAUGGAGGUACUCAGUCAGAGCUGGAUAUAUACAGAGCUAGGUCUAUAGAACGAAAUCCCUCUAAGACCAAAACGUCGAGCAGAAGCCGAUCAGCGGAGCCAACGGUUGGUCGAUCUAAUCCUCAUUCAUUGAUGGUACAGAGUUAUCCCCCACCCAGUCCCCGUAAAAAUCCUGUCAUUAAGGAAGAGGAUAAAGGAGAUUCCACAGAGUAUCAGUCACAAUUUGCGUGGCCCCAUGAUCAAGAAAGUCUGCAAGUUUCUGUAGCUCGGCGGUUUGUUUCUACUGGCUUAAUUCCUGCACAACCAAUCAGGAAAACAACGAGGGAUUCAUCUAUUUCAAGAACGAGUUCAAAACAUUCUACACUACCAGAAGGAGCCACAGCCAUAACUGAGGACCCUGUUGCAGUCAGACGAGGCCCAAAGAAAACAGAAUACAAAGCAAAGUAUCGACCAUUCUCUGCUUAUCAGUAUGUGGAUGGAAAUUGGAAGAAACCUCCUAAACAGAAGGAGGUCAGUGACCAACACCGUACAGAUGAAACUGCGUGGUACAAAGAAGUUGCAGAGAGGUUAAAAAAAGCUGAUGAGUAUCGUCAAAGGUCAAGUGGUACACCUUUAUAUGGAGAAAGAAUGGCUGCAAUAAUUAGUCCGAGUGAUGGCUUGUGGAACCAAACAAAACAUGAAGAAAUAACCCCAGUACAAAGAGAGUCACAACAUGAAGAAAAGUCUAUGCUCAGACCAGCUACUGCCCCACUUGUUCAUCGUAGGGAAAAGAAGCAUACAAGGGCAGACACAGUGCAAGUACGGCGUCCAGCAAGUGCUGACUAUGGGAAGAUUAGAACCCCUGGAUCAUCUCGGGAGAGGAAAAAACCUGUAGACUCAAGACAUGAAGCAAAACCUGCUGUAGCUGCAGUUUUGCCUUCUGCUGGCCCUUCUUUGGGGAGAGAGAAACGAUCACCUUCACGGACAAAACCACGUAAAGGUAUGAUAAUUCAUUUUUCUUUUUCCCCUACUAGAAAUUGAUAGAAUAUAGAAAUUAUGUAACAAAUUCUGCACAAACAAUGGUAAAAUGGAUUAAUA